AUGCUAAGGUCAACCGGUUCUGAAGGUUUUCGAAACCUUGAUACUGUGCGGAACGAGGAACGACCAGAAGUAUCAAGUUGGAGGGUGACACUGAGAUGCUUCAAAUAUCCACCUUGCAACCCAAGGAGAAAAGGUUGUACCAUCAAUUGUACGAAGAAAUAAAGUGACGGUUUAGUGGAAGUUUCCAAGAUAUAGUGUGCAAUUAGUGGGCUUUUAGUUUCACGUUGUCAAGAAAAUGUGGAAAUUCAUUCCCAAAGGGAUCAGGGACACCCUCGAGAGGGGUUUGAACAUACACAGAAAAUCUGACACGAGGGUGGCACGCAACAAAAAAACUUUAAACUGCUACAUCUUAGAAGGCUUGAAAGGUAUUACUUGUGGAAGCUCAGGAUGUGACCAGUCGAAAAAACAAGGUUCAUACUGUAACGAAAAAAAUUGGUUCACCGCAUUCAGUUGUAGUAGUGCAUUAGCCCUUGGUUGGGUCCUGUCACAACCCUGUAUCUGGAAAAGAAGGCUAUACAAUGACAAGCCGACUAUAUUGAAAAAAUUAAAUUUGGCAGAGCAAUUGGCAGUUGUAGCAUUUCUGCAGCCGAACAAUGGGAAGGAAGCUCUAGCGAAUUGUGUUCACUCGGAUUCUGUCAUUUAUGGUCCAAAAACUGCUGAAGAGGCUUUCCAAGAAGGGAUUGAAGAAUUUUCAAAUGUCCACAACACAAUAUGGGCUGAAAUAGAGAAUGCAAAAGGCAUGGCUUGUAUAGCCAGUAAAGAUAACAAUGAAGCGUUCAAACAUUUUAUGCAUUCUUCGAAACUAGGUUACCCACCUGCUGAAUAUAACAUCGCUCUAUGCUAUGAGCGCGGUAUUGGUAUUAAACAAGAUUUUGCAAAGGCCGCUAAGUGGUAUGAAAAAGCAGCGUCAAAUGGCCAUACAACGGCUAUGUACAAUUUAGGAGUUUUUUAUGCUCAUGGUUGGGGUGGGCUAGAAGAAAGCAGGGAAAAGGCUAAGAACCUUUUCAUUCAAGCUGCAGAAAAAGGCGAACCGCACGCAACAGCAGCACUAGGCCGACAAGACAAAGUUGACAACAAAUUGACUGAAUCUCCUCCAAAAUUAGAAGAAGGGCAUGUAUCACAUAAAAUGGACAAUGACAGUGGCAUCAAUGUUGACUUGAGUAACGAUAUUGACAAUUUAUUGAAUUUAUCAAGUAUCAAUUUGAAAGAUGAUUGUAAAUCAGUGCAAUCUGGGUUGCUUCAUCGUUUGUACAAAGUGUCUUCAAAUUUUGGAACGCCUGAUGCUAAAUCUAUUAUGCAUACAUAUGAGUUUCUACAACUUAUUGACGGCAAAAACAUGUAAUACAAACAGCCGCCAAAGGAAAGGAAGUCAUGAGUUUUGUUUUACAAUUUUACCAUACCUUGUAGUACUUAUGUAAAUAGAUACUACCUAGUUGUAUAGGUUUAAAAUCAAUGAUUAUUGUUUGUACUUAAAUACCUGUUGUUUUUUUUGUUUUUUUUUUGUACAAUUUGCAUAUUUGUGAUUUUAUUUUUACCGUAUGUGCAA